AUGGCUAUUGAAUAAGAAUAACAACCUUUAAAUGCAUAAUUGAGGCAAACAGAAAAUAAAGGGAAAUUAAUAUAGAAGUAAUGUUUAUUUUGAAAAAAAUUCAAAGAGAUUACUGGAGGAAAUAUAGAUAUAUGAAGUGCCACCAAAAUGGCUUUUUAAUAAUUGAAGGAUAGACAAUAUAGAAAGAAUGCUACUUCUAAAUUAUAAGAUCUUUAAGAUGACUCAUCUUUUUCUAAAGUUAAAUAUCAAAUUAAUUAAGUUGAAGAAGUUUUCACUCUACAUAUCUUUAAAUUUGAUAAAGAAAAAAAUUCAAAAAUGAGAACAUCAACCAGUAAUUUUGUAGAUGAGAUCAUAUUCUUACAUUCUAAAUUCAACAUGAAUAAUGACUAUAAAUACUUGGGUUUAUAAAAUAAAUAUAAUGGCUCAAUGAAAGCAAACUCCAAUAAUUUCAUGAAACUCAGAAAAUUAAUUUUAAAUUCCUAAAAAAUACUUCAAAUAUCAUUCUUAAAUUAAAUUUAAAGGACUUUAAAUGAUAAAUUAAAAAGCAAAUAAAUCGUACUUUAUAGAUAGUAUUUAAGAGAGAUUUUCAAAAAUCAAGAGUAAAUAUAUAACUUCUGGAUAUAAAAUCAAAAAUAAACAAAUUUUCUAAUGGACUCCUGA